UUAUAAUAUUUUUUCAAUAGUAAUAAUUCUGAUGAAACCAAAAGUAUAAUAUUUUUUUUAAUUUCAGGAAGAAACGAAAUUUAUGAGUCCAAAUGGUUUGCAUGGGAUAGCCUAAAAUUUCUAGAUGACCCAGAAGAGCUACAAGAAACAUUGUCCAAUCAUCCUGCUUCAUCCGACAUCAUAGAAGUUGAUGAAGAAACUACUGACAAUACAGACCGAAUUGUUGAGGACCAAAAUCCUAUUUCUUCGCAAAAAAAAUUUUUGUCACCACAUAAAAAUGCUCCGAAAAGAAAAAAAAACGAGGACCCUCGUAUACAAGAGGCCUACGAUAUUUUAAAAAGCAG